CAAAAUAAACAGGUAUUUUGUUUUUAGUAAAACUAACACAAAAAUACAAUAAACAUGCAUUUGUUUUGGAAAUUAUUUUUGUUUUGCGCAUGUUUUACCAUCGUCUGCGCUGCAAAGAGAAAAUGUUCCAAAGACGGAGUACCUACAAAAGAACUACUAGCGAAAUAUGAAGAACGACUGAAAGAAUGUCGAGCACUGGAGAAAUGCCCAAGUGCAAAAGAAGUCGCUGCAUCGGAAGCUUUGAUGAAGUCAACGCCUGGAUUACAAGCAUGUAACAACUGCAUUACGGCCGAAUGUAUGAACCCGUGUCAAAAGGGUUGCUUGAAGAAGCUUAGAGCAUCAUCAUGCAGCUGUCCACGGCAAUCUGUGAGAGCUAUCAGAAAAUGCAGAAUAUGUCUUGGUGGACUUGAAGAUCCAACAGCAGAAGAAUAAACGAAGUCGAAUUUUCAGCUCAAUCUACACUCAUAUACUUAUUUGAACAUCUUGAAGGUUUUCACAUCAAAUUUUCCCAUGAAAGAAAUCUGUCAAUAUAUUGAUUACUUCAUCAUGAAUAAAAUUGUAAGAAAUCAAAUUAUUUCAAAAACCAACGAUUUGGAUGAAUUGUACAUAUCUAACAUGAAUUACAAUAUUUUUUAUGACAGGUAGUAAACAAUAAUUGGCAUAACUCUUGAAAUAACGAAAAAGUUUUUUGGAAUAAAUCAAUGCGGUUCAUAUAUCUGUUGUAUUAUCGGCGAUUCAAAAACCAAUACCUCCCCCCUACCCAGCCAAUUUUUAUUGCUAAGUUUGUAUCCAAUUACUAACCAUUGAACCGCUUCUAUGCGUUGAUGAUGCUAGUUUUAUGCUAUCCUCGAAUAGGCAUCAAUCGAGAAAGUUAAUUUGGUGCUCCAGAAGUAUGCGCACCAAGAUGUUGCACAACCUGAAUCCUAACCGGUACACACCUACUAUGUUUAGGUUGUGCGCCAUCUUGGUGCGCAUACUUCUGGAGGUCCUAUAAUUUUAAUCUUGAACAACGAGUCACGAAUCAUUUAUGCGUAUAAAAUCCAAGACUAAAACAAAAAUUAUUCCAUCCUUUUUAAAAAAAAAUGCAUUCGCAAAAUAAAAAGAACAAGACCAAAAGUGAUUUCCAUACUUUGUCAAUUUUGAUAAUUUUGUACUAAUUCGACAAGUUUUAUCUUUGAAUGCUACAAUCUAGCUACGUUUCAUGCAUGAUAAAAAGAACUUUGAAUUUUAUGAAUAUAUGGAGUCCACAAAUUGAAAUAAAUUGUGAAUUUUUAAUAAAUUUGUCUUCGUUGCUUAUAUUGUGUAUAAAUUGGAACUAAAAUAAAUAGUAUCUGUGUAAA